GAGAUGCACAAACACCAACGUCAGACUUCAUUCAGACUUUACGACCACUGACUUGUAGUUGCUGUGAGGGAAGCGACGACUAUAACAGCAAUAAUGCAGCUGAUUCAGAUCUUUCUGUUCACGCUGCUGUGUGUUUGUGAAGGUGAGGAGGUGGAUUUCAUGAAGCCAGCACUGAAUAUCCACACUGAGUUUCUGAAGCUCCAGGCUGUGGUGGAGGGACUGACCGAACAGCUCAAUGCUGUGAAGAGUGAACUGACCGAGCAAAAGAGUUUGGUGUAUAAUCUGAAGCAGCAGAUCGAAGAGAGUCCUAAAGUGGCCUUCACAGCUUCCAUGACCUCCACAGUGAACUCACACCGGGGGCCAUUCUCCUCCGAGACGAAACUGAUAUUUGAUAAAGUUCUCACCAACGUUGGAGGCGCAUACGAUGGAACAACAGGUGUCUUCACAGCCCCUGUUAAAGGAGUGUACUACUUCAGGUACUCCGGAAAUGCUUUCGCCUCCCACGACAUGGGUCUGAGCAUCUUUAAAGGCGGCUCACGAUUCGUAUCGUCAUAUGAGUACAAUUCAGGGGAGAAAAACGAUAAUGCGUCGAACGGAGCGGUCAUGCAACUGGACACUGGAGAACAGGUGCACAUGCGGCUCUGGAUUCGCUCCUGGGUCUUUGUGGAUUACCGUUACAACUACUCCACCUUCACUGGGUAUCUGCUUUAUCCCAUUUAAUGACAGUGUGAACAGCCUCUUUCUGGCUGUAGCCCAAAUCUUACACUUUUCUUGAGGUCUGUUUAUGGAUUUCAUGUGGUUAUAUGUAGUUCAUGUUUACCUGACCAUCUUCCAAACUCUCUUCGUCCCUUAGAAUUAAACAGCCUGUUUUUGUUACUGUGCCUUUAAGACUUAUAUAUGUAAAAAGUUCACUUUUCCAUGAUGUGGGCUGUUUUUUAUGUGGUGUAUCUCUAAAAAUGGCUCAAAUAGCUACCAACAAUAAUACUGUAUAGCAGCUAUGGGUAUAAUAGACCUCUUUUUGGGUUAAUGCAUCACCUCUCAAGAUCACAAGAUGAUUAUAUCGGUCCUGCAUAAAUCUAGGAAUUGAUAUCAUAAAGCUAAACAUGAGUUUUGUUCCAAGAGCACUUUGCAGAGAACGUCUUUUCAUUGUUUCCCCUAUAGACUGUAAUUUGCAUUAUAAGGCCUUAAUUUAAGCAGAGCUUAAUGAAUGUUAACCAUCAAUGUAUGUAUAAACAGGAUGUGUCAAAUGUUUGGGCACAAACCCUUUUCAUGCAUUGUUCAGAGUUCAAAAAUUUCAAGUGUUUUGCUCACUAUGCUUUUAACAGUAGGCCUUUGUUUAGACUCAACCUAUUUAAUAACACUAUUAUACUUUAAUGAACAUGAAUGUUACCAAAUAUACCCAAAGUAUUAGCAAUUAGCUGUUUUCUGUUAAUAAACUCUCUGUGAGUAUUUGUUUGUGCUUAGUAACUGUGAGAAUAUUCAUAAAAUUGAGGAAAAAAACAGUUCACUCUGUUAUACAUAUGUAAUUACAUAGGAGAAAAUAUGCUGUUGCAACUAUUAAGAUUACAUGAGUGAAAACUGAAGUUGAUACACAUGUAUUUAUAUAUUGUAAUCCAUCCAUAACAGUAAAUAGUAGUUCCAUUGUUGUUAAAUGUAUUAAUUAAUGUGUAAUGACACUGUUAUUAGAGAAGCUCAAUGUAAAGUGGGGCCCUAAGGUGCACUUCAUUGCAUUUAUAAGUCUAGGGUUAGGAUUUCUUGUUCAGUCGAUGCCAACUCACAGGGCUUAGCAGGUCCUUUCAUAGUUUUCCAUGAACAAAAUUCAAGCAAAAACUACAGUUUACACAUUAGUGCAAAAUUUCAAUGCUGAUUUUUCAGUUGUGGGUUUUUGAAGUUUUUCCCCCUCAGGUGGAAAAAUCAAGCUUAUCUUUUUAAGAAUUAUAGAUCUGAGCUGGAAUAUUAACAGGGUAUAAAUAGGACAGCAGGGGGCAGUUUUAUGGAGUUAAUUGGCCACGUGUUCAGGAGGCCUGUCACUCCAAAUCAGCUGACUAAUAGAGAGUGCAAGAUAACGUCCACUUCUAAGACCCACCCCUUUUUAAAAAGAGCCCAAAGUCAGAAGCAAAAGAAAGAGUCCAGAAGCAAAAAAAAAUAUACCAGCAAAAUCAGCAAACAGAUUUUUUGAAGCAAAAAAUGGCAAAAUUAGUGAUAAAUUAAUAUCAGAAAAUGAGUAGUAAUCUUUUUGAAGAAUUAAGUUGAUUUAACUCAUUAUUUGUAUUUGCGACAUAUUUUGGACAUUUUGAUACUCAGUAUUUUUCUUAUGGAUUUUAUUUUAUGUUGCUGUUUGUUUUUAUCUGUCAUCAUUUGCUUCAUGUUUUGUUUGCAGUAUUUGUUUUUAAGUUCAAUAAAACUGAAAAUAUCACACCGACGUGCUUAACUAGCAUAAAGUGAAGUUUGCAAAAUGACUUGUGGUCGUUUAUAGAUAUUUACAGAAACUGAAUGGUUUCACAAAGAUGCUGCAGAUAGAUUAUAUAUCAUUUAUACAUAAUAUGUAAAAUAUAACCAAGAAAAUCACUGCUAUUGGUCAAUGUUCACCAAAUCAUUUGGAGGCUUGAAGUUUUUAGCAUUAUUUUUAUUGAGGUUUACAAAACACAUAUCUUUUUCUUCUUCUUUUUCUUCUUCUUCUUCCUCUUCUUAUUGUUAUUAUUAUUAUUAUUAUUAUUAUUAUUAUCAGUUUGUAAACACUCACAUAAAAUAUUCACUAAUAGUGGAGAUUAGUGAAUAUUUUAUGUGAGUGUUUACAAACUGAUAAUAAUAAUAAUAAUAAUAAGAAGAAGAAUUACCUGAAUUGAUGAUUUAUUCACGCUUUAUUAAUUAUAAAGUAAGAGAAAAUGCAUGUAUUAGCACAUGUAGGCAAACUUUAUAAACGAAUAAUGAUUAAAAUACAGGUCAGGCAAUGAUUUGUUAAAUAUUACAUAGAAGCUCAUUUCUUUAUUGUGAGGUAACAGCUUUUAUGUCUUUUAUAAACUUAUGUGAAUCCAUUAAUUAAUAAUAAAUGACUAAUACCUGG